AUGGGCAGCACGGCACCAUCCAAGAACUUCACCGUCACCAUCGUGGGCGGGGGAAUCGGCGGCCUCAGUCUGGCCGUGGGACUUCUGCGACGCAAUGUGCCCGUGCAGAUCUACGAGGCUGCGCCCGCCUUCGUGGAGAUCGGCCUGGGAUUGUCCAUCGGCCCCGCGGCGCAUCGCGCAAUGCCCCUGAUCGAUCCUCAGAUCCGCGCCAUCUACGACUCCCUGGUCACCACCCACGCCGACAGUCCCGGUUAUGAGGCUUUCCGACAGACCUGGUUCGAAAUCGUCUGGGCCAGCGGCGAGCAUGAAGGCGACACGCUCAUGGACCUGAAGGCCCUCCCCUCGGGCCAGACGACGCUCCGUCGCGCGGACUUCCUCGAGGCCCUGGUGAACUUGAUUCCGCCGCAUAUCGUGCAUUUCGGGAAGCGGUUGGAGAGUCUGACGGAGGGGCCGGAGGGCGUUGAUUUGCGGUUCGAUGACGGGACGGAGGUUCGGGCUGACGUUGUGGUCGGGUGCGAUGGCAUCAAGUCCAAGGUUAAGGAGGCGAUUGUCCCCGACGAGGCGCAGAAGCCUCGGUUUAGUGGCAUGUAUGCGUAUCGCGCCGUGCUGGACAUGGAGGAUAUGGUCAAGGCGGUUGGGGACCAGCGCGCCCGCGUCUCAACCAUGUAUGUUGGGAAGGGCGCAUACGGGAUCUCGUAUCCCAUCAUGCGGGCCAAGAAGGUGAAUGUCGGGUUCUACAUCUUGACCGAUACCUGGGACCACGAGAGCUGGGUGCGACCGGCCAGUAAGGAGGAUAUGCGACGGGAUGCCAGCCAUAUGGGGCGAUAUGUGCAGUCGCUGGUCGAGUACAUGCCCGACCCAUCGCAAUGGGCGAUCUUCGAGCAUCCGCAUAUCUCGACGUAUUGCAAGUCCCGGGUUGCAAUUCUCGGAGACGCCGCUCAUGCAUCGACGCCGCAUCAGGGCGCGGGUGCCGGUCAGGCCAUUGAGGAUGCGCACGUCCUGGCAGAACUUCUCAGCGAUCCUCGUGUCACGAGUGUACAGGACGUGGAGGCCGUGUUUAAGGCAUACGAUGAUGUCCGACGACCGCGCAGUCAACGGGUGGUUACGAGCAGCAAGGAGAAUGCUUAUCUUCUCUGUUUGUGUUUGGACGGUGUGGAUGAUGACGAGGCAAAGCUGAAGGAGACAUUCCAAAAGCGCUUGCGGUGGUUAUGGGACUUGGAUGUACAGGGACAAGCUGAUCAGGCGAGGGAGAAGAUGAGCGAGUUUUUGAAAUGA